AUGACCGACGGUCGUAUCGCAAUCGUGGGCGUGGCCUGCGAAUUACCCUCUGGGGCGCACACCGCAAAUAACCUUGACUACGAGGCCGUCUGGACCUUCCUGGAUGAAGCGAAAGAUGCUUAUGAAACUAUACCAAUGGAUAGAUUCAACAUUAAGGGCCGACAUGGCACGGGGCCUGGUCAGAUCGUGCCUGACAGAGGAACCUUUUUGAAAGACAUCUCUCAUUUCGAUUACCUGGAAUUCGGCCUUACCCUGAAAGACGCGCGCGCUCUGCCGCUCAGCGCGAGGAAACUGUUGGAGCUGUCUUUCAAUGCUCUCACUGAUGCAGCCAUCCCAUACCGCGGGCGGCGUGUUGGUUGCUUCAUGGCCGGAGUCGUCCACGAUUUCGGUGCAUUGAGCGAUUAUCACGAACACGAAGCCGAGGGGACUUUUGCUUACAUACCCUCUAUGCUGGCCAACAGAAUAUCAUACCAUCUUGAUCUCCGCGGGCCGUCUGUCUCCUUGGACACGGCCUGCAGCUCUACUUUCACCGCUAUGCAUCUCGCUUUGGAGUCGAUAGCUAAGGGCGAGUGCGAAGCGGCAGUCGUCGGAGGCUGCCAGUUGAAUCAUAGGCUGUUCGAUUGGAUACAGUACUCUCAUGCAUCGGUUCUGUCACCUGACGGGAUGUGUAAGCCUUUCGAUGAGCAUGCAGACGGGUUUUCACGCGGAGAAGGUGCUGUUGUGAUCGUUAUCAAGCCACUCCAGAGAGCGGUCCACGACCGCGACAGAGUGUACGCGAACGUGCUUGGCUCAGCAAUCCUCCAUACGGGUUCCGUUUCCCCGGUCUAUGCACCCGUUGCUGAGGCUCAACGACAAGCUAUGCUUGACGCCUAUGCCCGAACGGGCGUCGAACCUAGCCAAGUCGAUUUCGUAGAAUGUCAUGCGACGGGGACCGCGGCCGGCGACCCAACCGAGGCAAAUUGGGUGGGUGAAGAAUGCCAAAGAGAAGACGCUGUAAUUUGUGGGAGCGUCAAGGGGAAUUUUGGCCAUACGGAAGCAGUGGCCUUCUUGGUAUCCGUUGUGAAAGCUCUCCACAUUUUCCAACGGCGGUCCAUUCCACCCAAUGUCAAUCUCGCCAUCCCGAACUCCAAGAUCGAGUGGCAGAAGUAUAAGAUCCAGGUCCCGAAUGAAACGGUAUCGCUACCGAGACACCAUCCAGAGGUUUCUCACAUUGGCAUCUCCAGCUGGGGAAUAGGUGGAGCAGGUGGGCAUGUCGUGCUCCAAGAACAUAACACCUUUCAGACGGCCAGCGUCUUCCCCAAGUCCGCCGGGAGGCCCACGCUUCUGGUAACGGGCGCUCUUUCGCCUCGGGCAGUAGCCUCGAUUAACUCGUCUGCUGAGGAGCUCAUCCGAUUGAGGAGCGUCGAGUCUCAUCCGGCAGUCUCCUUGUCAUUUGGCCGGCGCGCAUUGCAGAUGCCAUGGAGGUCUUUCGCGAUCUUCGAUCCAUCGGCGGAGGGCAAGCUUCUCUUUUCAGAGCCCCAUUUUAUAGCUAGUGGCCGCAAAUCCCCGGUAAUAUUUGUCUUUUCUGGUCAAGGACCGCAGCACAUCCAUAUGGGCCGCCAAAUGUAUGCGAUCUACCCAGAGUUCAGGCGGAGCAUUCUUGAAAUGGACCGGACGUAUAAGGAGGUCACGGGCCAGUCGCUAGUUGACUCCUUCCGACUCUUCGAUGGGAAUGAGGCCGAUGUCGAUAGCUCUGUUCUCUCACAAUGGGAGGUUGCUCUACCUGCGCUGACCAUGGUACAAAUGGCUUGCUACGACCUCCUGAGAAGUUUUGGUGUCAAGCCGGAUGUUGUUCUCGGUCAUAGUGCGGGAGAGACCGCACUCAUCUACGCCUCAGGUGCAGGUCCGAAAGACCUUGCGCUCAAGGUGGCCAUUGCCCGAGCGAAGAUGAUGGAAAGUGCGGAGCGCAUCGGAGGGACUAUGUUGGCUCUGUCGUGCAGUGUUCACAUAGCUCAGCCGAUCAUCGAAGAAGUUCUUGCGCUUUCAGGACUCCAGAGCGGCGCCCCUGAGCUUGUGGUAGCCUGCCACAACUCGCAGGACGCCGUUACGGUGUCGGGUCUAAGGCCUCUUAUCGAUAUGGUGUUGAGUAAAGCGGUGGAGCAAGGUAUCCUCGGUCGCAAGCUCAAUAUACCGGUUCCUGUCCACUCGCCUCUCAUGGAUGCAGUCAAGGAGCACUGUUUGAAUUCGCUCACAGAGGUCUUCUCCGCGUACCCAGCUUCCGGGCGUCCCAUAGUACCGACGUAUUCCACGGUGACUGGUGAUGUUAUGGACGAGCCGUUCACUCCCGAGUACUUCUGGAACAACGCUAGAUGUCCUGUGUUGUUCGAGGAAGUCCUGCGCCGCAUCUCGAUACAAGGCGUCGACCCAAGCUUCGUAGAGAUCUCUCCUCAUCCAGUGCUGGCAUCCUACAUCAUGUCAAUGGGUUUCCCCCCCUCGGCCAUCACUUGCGCUCUCCGUCGAAGUCGUAAAGGCUCUCCGAGUUUAGAGGCUCGGGAAUUCCUCGGCUGCUUAGGCUGCCUCACUACCAGGGGCGUCAUGGUCGACUUGGACGCCCUCAAUGACUACCCGAAUCCUUACGACGUGGAGUAUCCAGUCUAUCCGUUCCAAAAGAAGGAGGUGCCAUAUCAUUCUGAACAUCCCUCCUUCCACAAACGCUUCCUUAGCCCUAAUGGGCCUCUCAACUGUCCCAGAAUCUUCCUCAACUCCGAGACACAUCCUCUACUCGCCCAACAUGUCAUUAAUAAUGUUCCAAUAAUGCCAGCCGCUGGCUUCAUCGAAAUGGGGCUUGAAUUUGGUGCCACCGCUCUAUACGACGUGGAAUUCCUUUCCGCUCUACCUCUGAACUCGACGACGCCUCUCUCGGUUGAAGUCGAUACAGAUGGAGGGCAAUGGUGGGUGAAGACGUCAUCGUCGUUAACAGCCCGCAACUUCACCGCUCCGUGGGUCUGGAAGGGGCUAUUAUCGCAUGAGGAUGCAAGCGAAUGUCGACCCACGCUGGAUCUCGAAGCCAUUCGGAGAGAUUGUAAUCUCCCGUUCGAUGUACAGGCUAUUUACGAGCAAGGUUUCAAACAGUAUGCCAGCUUCUCGCCUGAAUAUCGUCGCAUCUUGUCCUGCUACACAGGCCCUGGCCAGGCCUUAGUGGAGGUUAGAGGAGGAUCGGAGUUUGACGACCUUGCGGACUACAAAUUCCAUCCCGUGCUAUUGGAUUCUAUCUUCCACUCAUGUAUGUGCUUUAUCAUCGACCCCGAGGACGGGGUAUGCGAGUAUGCCACAGAGGCAUUCUGGCUCCCCUCCAAGGCCGCUUAUGUCGGCGUGCAAGAUUUGUCGCCCACUUCCCUCAAGGAUAAUAUCUUUGUACAUCUUGUGCUCUCUAGCUGGUCGCCAGAUGCCGUUGUCGUAGACAUGGUAAUCGCAAGUCCUACGGGACGUCACAUCUGCUCUAUCACAGGAUUCACCAUGGCUAGACAUUCCACUGCGAUUGACGAUAAAGAACAAGGGUACACCGUAGUCUGGCAGCCGGUCGCAGUAUCCCCGAUAGCAGGGUUCCCAGUGUACGACAGACCGGCGAUAAAGGACAGUAGGCGCCUCUAUGAGUGCCUCGAUGAUCUCGCUGUCACGAUCAUACGCAAGUCACUAGAGGACCCUCAUCGUGUAGGCCCAGAGAUUCACAGAGAACGGUACAUGAAGUUUGCAAUGGAAGCCUUACAACGCCAGACAACGUCUACAAAAGUUGAUGAAGCUGUCUUAAACGAAUUGCGUGCAUCUUAUCCAAACUAUUUCCUUAUAACGGACAAAGUUGCCAAAAUCCACCCUCUGAUCUUCGAAUCGCACAAGGUAACAGUGGAGGCACUUUACAGUGAUGCGCAGACCAUGGCCGCUUUCUAUGGGCCGGAAAAUACAGUGAACGGUGCAUGCUCCGACAACGCUGCCCUCUUCCGCACUGCGUUAGAGACGCUCAGGAAGGAAGGCAAAAAGGUUGUUAGAGUACUCGAAGUCGGGUGUGGGACAGGGAUGCUCACUGAAGGAGCGUGCAAAGUCGCACAAGAAACAUCUGGGAUAUUGACGGAGUAUUGGGCAUCUGAUAUCUCCCUUGGCCUGGCCGCGCAAGCUGCUGGUCGAGCCAAGUAUCCGCAUGUCCGGACCGCCCAACUUGAUAUCACACGCGACCCGAGGGAGCAAGGCAUUCUUCUCGAGUCAUUCGACGUUAUCCUUGGUUUACAUGUUCUACACGCCGCACCCGACCUUCGCGCGGCCUUGAAAACCAUUAACAAUCUGCUGGUUCCUGGUGGUCUUUUGAUUAUAACGGACUUCGAUGGUCGCCACUGGCUGCAGCACUCCCCGGGAACUCUUUGGUAUGAUUUCCUCUUCGGCUCGUUCGCGGAGUGGUUCAACUAUGCAGACGACCGUAGGCAUUGCACCGUGCCCGCGGAAGUUUGGAGGCAAUGGCUGGGUGAGAGUGGUAUGCGAUGUGUUCAUCUGCGCAACGUGCCUGCCGAAGAAGAUCUGUCGCUCACCUUUGUCGCUCAGAAGGAGCCACAAGCAAUGCUGGAUGUCUUGUCAUCUUCUCCACCCCACCUUCAUCAUGUCGAUGCGAAUGGUACAUCUGGUCAGAACGGCGAUGGCCGCGGCCUACAACCCUCCGUCCAUAAACCAGUUACUUUGACGGUCAACUUCCGUCAGGAGUUAUUGUUGCAGGAAACGAUAGCGCGCCUGGAUCCGGCCGAAACUCACUCUCUUUGGUUCAUAGCUACGCAAGGUAUGGAUGCAGCGUCUGCUCUUGGAUUAACACGGUCACUUCGGGGAGAGUUCCCACUAUGGGAUAUUCAUCUCGUGAUAAUGGACGAGCGCGUAGAGUGUGGGGAUCGCCAACUCUGGAUCGACCGCCUGCAGAUCAGGGCAUAUGUCGAACCGGAGGUCGAAUUGUUGCUGGACGGAUCACUUUACGUCCCGCGGAUUGUUCCUGUCGAAGAGUGUCCUUUAGAGGCCCCAUCGAAGAUCAAACCGUCACCGUGGCCCUGGCCGCAGGAGCAGACCAUUACCCUCGAUAUCGUUCGCUAUUGGAACUCAGAGAAAACAAAUAUAUACACUUAUCUCGGCCGCGUCAUUAGCUCUCCGGUUCGGUCGUAUGAGGCUGGUCACUACGUGAUCGCUGUGAGCUGUGACCCUCCGGUCACCCCCCUGAAGGUCCACGUCGGGUGCGCCUACGGUGCGGAACUCGGAUCAGCCAUCGCAUCUGCGGAUCUCCUCCCGCAUCUAAUCUGCAUUCUUGCUUUCGGAUCCUCAGCCAUCGCUCAGCCGGGAAGACUGGAGCUUCUGCGUCGUGUCCUAGUGAAAACUGACGGAACGAGCGUCGGCGCCGGCAUCGUGGAAUGUCUGCAGAGCUUGGGCAUCGAUGUCUAUGUCUUGUGUCGAGAAGAUGGCAGAGACUCUCUCAAACACCGAUUUAACCUGGACAGCGACCACGUCUGGGAUGUCUUACCAGUCUCUACUGCCCGACAGUCUCCCCGCUUCGAUUGCGCUAUACUUGAUUCUUCCGACUCCUACCUCUCUCUCAGACUUUCGCGGUUCAUGUCAAAGGGUGGGAAGUUGUACUCAUGGGAUGGAUUGAGCCAAAUUAUCCAAGACGAACCCUGGGUUAUCGGGUCAGCUCUGGCUUGUCUAGAUCAAUUCAUUGGUAUAGGAUUAUGGCCUCAGCUAUCGACCCCGGCGGAACAAGGCCCAAAUUUAGCGGAAUUGACCUUACCGUCUUCUUCCUUAUUUUCGGGUGAAAAGACGUAUCUUCUUCUGGGCGGGAUCGGAGGGAUAGGGAUACAUCUUGCCUUCUGGAUGUCUCAGCGGGGCGCUAGACAUAUAGUGCUCACCUCUCGUUCCGGAGAAGAGCGCUUAAAGCAACCGGGAAAUAUGAAGAACAGGCGGAUAGUGGAUUUCCUACGAUCCAUCCCCGGCAUGGACGUGCGUCUGGCCUCAGUCGACGCAACCGACAAGGAGCAGAUGCGCCAGCUCAUUGACGGUGUUCACGGGCGUAUCGGUGGCUGUUUCCUUCUUACGCUCGUCUUGUCGGACAAGCUGUUCGUGAACCAGACCGCUGAAUCAUUCGAGGCAGCUGCCAGCCCCAAGAUUAGCGCGUUCGAGACAAUAUCAUCGCUCAUUGACAUGUCAUCUCUGGACUUCUUCCUAUCAUUUUCCUCGGUGGCAGCGUUAUUCGGGAGUCCCGGUCAGACCAACUACACAUGUGCUUCAACGGCUUUGGAAGGCAUGACUUACAAAUACCCGAAUGCCCUCUCGAUAUCCGUUCCAGGUAUUCGAGAUGCUGGGUGGGUCGUCAGGAACGAAGCCCAGGGUAUCAAGAAGUCAAACCACUUUUUAAACUGGGGGAUAACUAUGAGAGCCUUGUGCAAGUCAGUGGAAGCCAGCAUCAAGAGUGUAUCGAAAGACAAAGUGUCGCUUUACAUCCCUCAGUUGUCUUGGCAAGAUGUGGCUGCCGACAUAGAGUCGCAGCCACUGUUCGGCCAUUUGCCAACGUGGAAGGCCCCUGAAUCCUUAGAGCAGUCGGAGGACGGGGAUCCUACCGAAAGUACUGUCACUCAUAUCCUUGGAGUGCCCGCCAGCGACAUAUCCGACUCCGUGCCCCUCACAUCCUAUGGACUGGAUUCUUUAAUGGCGGCACGGAUGUCCGCCGACCUAAAAGCGCGACUAGGCGUCAGUAUUUCCCAACUGGAGCUACUGUCUCAUAUGUCGGUGCGCGAUCUGCGGGAGAUUGUCAAAGAGCGAAGCGGUCAAUAG